AUGAGGCGUUGCGGCCUUUUUGAUGCAUCGGGAAGGUUUUUUUCCCCGGCGCGCUCGUGGUGUGGAUGCGCAUCGCAAUUUCUUGAUUCAACGUUGAAGACAGAAAAGAAAUCAUCAUCUUUAUCGUCGGCUUCAGUAUCAGCCAGACCUCUACAGGCCGAUGCGGUGCAGAUGGCAACAGUUAUGCCGCGUCAGAGAUGGUGGGAUAUGUUGCACGCAGUCAAGCGGACGCUUACCACCUCCGAGAGAAGCCGUUGGAACCAAAUCGACAUCAUUGACGCAAGGCAAUACGCCCGUGCGCACCGUCAACGGUUCCAACGCACGAAUGACUUGUUUCAUGCUGCUGGAAAAAGAGGAAGAACCCUCUCAUAUGAAGCGAUAACAUUGCAGUUCGAGGGAGUUGAGUGGUCAUAUAUGCUGCUACCAACGUUUCUGGCGCUGAUGAUUAUUGUGCUUAUUGCUCUGGUGGGCGGUAGAUAUCGAAAGGCAAAACGACAAGAGGAAAUGAAGGCGUUUACACAGCGUGCGGAUUUUUUAGCCUCCGUGCGAAAAGAAAGUGUGGGUAUGGGGGUAACGGAAUUGUACACCACGGAAGAGGGGGAAAGGGAUUUCUAA